GAUAUCAUAGUCAACUCCCCAGUCCCGGCCUGUCCCUCUCAUAGUCUCGUCCAACAGGUUAGGUAAAAGGUUUGCCGAGAAACGCCGCUCUGUUUGAAUGUGACUCUUCGUAACGCCCACCAUCUUACCUUCGCCGUUCACCGUCACGUGCAAUCUCCGCGAACGAGGCUACGACACCACCACGACGAGAUUUUUAUUCUCGACGAAGGCACACCGAGCAGAAAUAGCACUUGCGAUACGUAAUCACGGACUAAGAUAGUAAUUAAUUAUGAGUGAUAAAAGGGCAUUGGACGAGUCUUCGAACUCAAACCGUGAAACAAAGAAACCUAAAUCUAUGGAAAAAAACAAAAAUAGUAGUAGUUCAGUAGAGUCAGUUCCGAGUACAAGUGUGUCUAGUAUAUCAACUACAGACUUACCUGGUACGAGUGCUGACAGUAAUAAAGGGAGUUAUUUAUUUGCAACUAGCACUUUCAAUUUGGAGGAUAUCGAAGAAAUUACUACUGAGUACCCUGAAUUAUCUGGAGAUAACAAAUUUUCUUUCUUUAAAAUUGUUGAAGAGGCGGAGGCGGAACAAGACGGAUCUUCAACCAGUUCAACCGAUGAUGAGGAAACCCGGGUCAUAUUCGAUGCUAUUAAUUCAUUUGUGAGAUCUGAUGAGUCUGCAUAUGAAUCUGGAUCCGAAGAUCAAUAAAACAUUAAACAUCUUAUUCUAUUAUAGAAAAUUAUUGAUUGUGAUAAGCUUAAUUUUAAUGUAACUAACUUACACAUAUUUAUUAUAUAAUAUUAUAUUUAUUAUUUA